CCUCGAAAGUUCAGUGACAGAAAACUAAUCAGCAGAACAAACUAAAUACUUGAUGUGCACGAUCAGAUGCUGCAGCAAAUAUGAAAGUCCGGUUCCUGUUGGUAGUAAUUUUCUGCGGUACUCUGGCGCAGUCCAAAUUGCUGGAUACUAGCAGACACGUGGUUGCCCGCCAAAAGAGAGCAUUGAUAUGGAGAAAUGUGGGUUCAAAUUGGGUACAGUUCAUUUUUGGUUUGGGUCUUCCGUUUGAAGUGAAACGAAAUGCCGUUACACUCGGAACAGUUAUGAAGGCCUUCUACCUCCUCCCGACGAACAGCUCAAUCUACACACGUCCGUCGCUUGUCAUAUACGAGAGGAAAAAAAGAUCUACAUCGAGAUGGAUGCUCUAUGAGAUAUUGGAGAGGUUCCUAGCGAGAUACAAUAAUGGCGAUGGAAAAUCCUGUAUUUUGAAGUCAAUAUGUGAAGUUUCUCAUUCACCAUUAGAAGAGUCCACAGGAAUUCUUGCUGAGAUUGUCGCUGCUGUGCUGAAGCCUUCUGCGACUGAAGAGAUUUUCCAACAUCCCACAAAUAUGGAUUAUGUUUCGGCGGAAAAACUAGGAGCUGAGGUCGGAAACUGUGAAUUGCUAUACCCCGAAUGUAAGAUUGAUAUUCUUCAACGAUUCUCGAGAUUUAUAAACUGAAAAAACCA